CACAGUGACGCGGAGCGGAGUACAGUUUAGCGUUGCCCGAUGUUUGGAGCUUAAAAUUCAGAGUGUCGACGAAGGCUUUUAAGUGUGUGUGUGUGGGAGUGCGUUUGCCCGGGUGUGUGUGAUUCGAGUAACCCUGCCUUCUCCCUGCCAUGGGAGGUUGAAUAAUGCUACCGAUAAUUAGAUUUACCGUUUAAUUACCUAUCGGUCGUUGUGAGUUGGUGGAGAUUGUGGCCCCUUUGGCGCUGAAGCAUUAAGUGAAUAAGCAUAAAACAAAAACGAGUAAUUUGGCAGAUGUAGGUGAAGAAGUGUUGAGGUGUAUUUUGCACAUACGGCAUAAAACAGACGGCAUAACUUGUAACCUAUAUCACACAACAGUGACCAUAACUCCAGAACAUACAGAAUCUUCUGUGAGAGUUUAUAUCCUUCGGAGAAUACCACCAUCAGCACAGCGCCAUGUAUCUGCAACAAUCGGCACCGGUGUCACCGCACACACCUUCCACGCGUAGCAGUAGCCGCAGUAGCAGCAUGCAUCUGGUUGAGUACGACUACGACGAGCCCAAGCCGGCAAAGAAACUGCUGGCCAAGGCUACGUUCGACAACAUUGCCGAAAGUACGGACGAGCUGGCUUUUCGCAAAGGCGAAACACUGACCGUCAUCGAAACUGAUACCAAUGGGCUGAAAGGAUGGUGGCUGUGCCAGUUGCGUGGUCGUCAGGGUAUCUGUCCGGGCAACAGAUUAAAAAUUAUUCAAUCACACGACUCGGGUUGCUUCACACUUUCACCCGCCUCAUCGCCCUGUCCGACGAUCGAUUCCACCACCAAUCUGAACAGUCCGAUACCGAGCGAAAUCUACGAAAAUACGUCACUGUGUAGCAGCAACAGCGCAGGGAGUCAGCGGCAGGGCAAAAGGCGAUCCUGGCACAUCAUGCCCAACAAGGUACUAACACCGCAGAAAUGUGGCGACGUUUAUCUGUAUGAUCUGUUGCCACCGUCAUCGGCGCGCGUAUCCACCGGCAGCUACCAUCAGCAACAGCAACAGCACCAACAUUCGGCAUCGGCCGACGCGCUCGAUACGUACGACGUUCCAAAGUCGGCCGUUCCCAUCGGACACGGUGGACCGCCCACCACACCGGGGACGGGAUACGAUCCACAUCAUCCCCAUCAUCGGACGUCCUGGAGUCGGACGCCAUCCCUUCCGUACGGUGGUGCUGCGCAUCCUCCGCUAGCCCAUCUACACUAUCCACACCCGAACACACCGUCAUCCCUAUCGUCCCCUUCGUCGUCGCUAAGUUUCCCACAUCCCCACAUCCCGGCCGGCUAUCAUCACCAUCUUCACCAGCAGUAUCCACAUCUUGCCGGCGGCUAUCGGAUGGAGGAAUCGUACGAUGUACCGCGACCACUGCUUUCCCAGCAGCAACACCUGACACCGAGCAGUUCCAACUCGUCACUGCUAACGUCGGACAGCUUUAGUUUGUCCUCCUCGAAUCGUUCCUCGUUGAUAAACAUGCCCGACUACGAUGUACCGCGGCGUAAUCCUGUUUCGGUUCGAUCGACACCACCGCCACCCGGAGCGGGAGGUGCCGGUCCACCACCCGGAACCCCCAGCUUCACCUCCAGCCAUCAUUCGAUGUCGAUGUCAUCGUUUAGCAGCAUGUCCACGUACGAUGUACCACCGUCACACAUGCACGGCGGAGCAAAUGGGUCGGGAUAUGUGUCGGCAAAGCUGCACCAGCAACAAAUGGCACCGACCGCACCGAAGGAACUUCCGUUGGAGUUGUCCUCCGCGCUGGAAACACUCGCGAGACUGCAAAACGAGGCUACAACGGCCGUUACUAGGUUACUUUCAUUUGUAUCGCCCAACUGGAGGGUAAAGGAAAAGCUCGAUCCAAUACUGAUGGACCUCAAGCUGGCUGCCGUACGCCUUCGGACGGCACUGCACGAUCUGGCCGAAUUUGGCGAUGGUGCUCUCGGCAAUGCAACCAAAGCAGAAGACAAAGGCUUAGCACAAAAAUUGAAACCCCUCGUGAAAGCACUGCGCGAUGCAGAUAAGCUCGUGCACGAAGCGUCGCAAAAUCUGGAUGCCCAGGGCUGGACCCUGGUUACGCUACAGCGCCCGGAAGCAACGCAGAAACUGCAGCAACAGCUACCACCGGACAGUCUCGAUCAGCUGAUCGCGUGCGCGCAAACGCUCACCGAAGAUGUACGCCAAACGGCAUCGUUCAUUCAGGGUAAUGCAACACUACUCUUCAAACGUUCACCCUCGACUCCACAGACGUCCGCACCGACAACCCCACAGACCCCCACCGGUGCGGGAAAAUCCGUAUCCGGCGGUGCGACCGGAGGCGAAUGGCCCGAAGACUACGAUUACGUUAGUCUAGAAUCGAAGGAAGCAUCCGCACGGACAAACGCCGAAAUAAGGGACGCGCUACCAAACGAUCUGAAGAAAAACUUCGAAAAUGUCGUACGUAAUGCGGCGGAUGCGGCAGCCGCUAGUGUAUCGGAGCGACCGGAAGCAGCGCUCGAUCCGAACGACAAAUCGGUACUGGUGUACUACGCCUCCCAGACCGUCACGCACAUGGGUUAUUUGACGCAGGCGAUCGAUGCGUUCCUUCAAACGGUCGAGCAUAAUCAACCACCGAAAUUUUUCCUAGCUUAUGGCAAGUUCGUAGUGCUCAGUGCACAUAAUCUCGUCAACAUUGGUGACAUCGUGCACCGGAACGUGUCGCGGGAGUGUAUCAAAACGCGCGUUCUCUCCUGUGCAGAUGCACUGUCCGAGGCGCUGAAAACGUGUGUUGCAAAGACGAAGAAGGCGGCCCAAAAUUUCCCGAGCGUUACCGCGGUGCAGGAGAUGGUGGAUUCAGUGGUGGACAUAUCGCACCUGGCGAGCGAUUUGAAGAUUGCGAUGCUGGAAGCAGUCCAGCAGUAGAACAAAAGCGUUCCUUAGAUAUAGACGAGAGGAGAUUUUCGAAAAAAAAGACGAGAAUAAGACAGGCAAAGUAGCGAUCUCAUGUUCUUAUUUUGUA